AUGAUUGGGUAGUUUAGAGUAGAAGAAUUUAUUUUACCAAAAUAUGAUGAUAUAAUAAGUUCUUCACAGGGCGAUUUUUUCGGAACAAAAGCAAAAGUGUAAAAACAUUUAAGUAAAAUUGUAGAAUUAGAACUUGAAAAGGGAAUUAAAAUGUAAAAUUAAAUGCAAAUGUAAGAAGAAAUCGGUAUUUAUGAUCUUGAAAUGAAUAAAUAUCUUAAAAUCCUUGUCGAAUUUCUCUUUUUGGAAAAACCUUUAUUUUCUAAAGAAAUGAUUUUCUACGUGAUUUAAGAAAAAAACAAAUUACAUCUUUCUCCUUUAUAAAUGAUGUAAAAACCUGUAUUUUGGAAUCUUGAUCAUAGUUUGUAGUUUUAUUUUAAUCCUGAUUUUUUAGUAUUGGCAGAUAAUUAUUGUGACUAAUUUAAUUUCUAAAUUGAUGAAUUAACUGAAAAUGAUUAAAAUGAAGGAUUAUUGGAAUAAAGUAUCGAUGGAUUUUAAGAUGAGAAUAAUAAUAAAAUUAUUAAAAAAAAAUCAUUUGUAAUAAAUCCUGGAAAUUUUGAAAAAAAUAAUACUUUUACUCUCGUAUAUCCUAUAUCAGGAGAAAUUUAAGAUUGCUAAAUUUGA